AUGAACAAGCUGUACAUUGGAAACCUAAACGAAAACGUGACUCCAGGCGAUUUGGAGAAAGUCUUCAAUGACCACAAGAUCUCCUUCAGUGGUCAAUUUCUGGUGAAAUCGGGCUAUGCCUUUGUGGACUGCCCUGAUGAGCAAUGGGCUAUGAAAGCCAUCGAAACUUUUUCUGGGAAAGUGGAGCUACAUGGAAAACAGCUAGAGAUUGAACAUUCAGUACCCAAAAAGCAAAGGAGCCGCAAAAUUCAGAUAAGAAAUAUCCCACCCCAGUUACGAUGGGAGGUGUUGGAUGGUUUGCUAGCUCAGUAUGGUACUGUAGAAAAUUGUGAACAAGUGAACACAGACAGCGAGACGGCCGUCGUCAACGUCACCUAUUCAAACCGGGAGCAGACCAGACAGGCGAUCAUGAAACUGAAUGGGCACCAGCUGGAAAACCAUGCACUGAAAGUCUCCUACAUCCCCGACGAACAGUCCAUGCAGGGGCCUGAGAACGGGAGGCGGGGCGGCUUUGGCACGCGGGGGGCCCCCAGGCAGGGCUCGCCUGUUGCUGCAGGAGCGCCCGUAAAGCAGCAGCCGGUGGACAUCCCACUCCGACUCCUGGUGCCCACGCAGUACGUGGGGGCCAUCAUCGGCAAGGAGGGGGCCACCAUCCGCAACAUCACCAAGCAGACUCAGUCCAAAAUCGACGUGCACAGGAAGGAGAACGCGGGAGCAGCGGAGAAAGCCAUCAGCAUCCAUUCCACCCCCGAGGGCUGCUCGGCGGCCUGCAAGAUGAUCUUGGAGAUUAUGCAGAAGGAGGCAAAAGACACCAAGACAGCUGACGAGGUUCCCUUGAAGAUCCUGGCCCAUAAUAACUUUGUGGGGCGGCUGAUCGGCAAAGAGGGGCGGAACCUGAAGAAGGUGGAACAGGACACAGAGACGAAAAUCACCAUCUCGUCUCUGCAGGAUCUGACUCUCUACAACCCUGAAAGGACGAUCACGGUGAAGGGCUCCAUCGAGAACUGCUGCAAAGCCGAGCAGGAGAUCAUGAAGAAAGUGAGGGAAGCUUACGAAAACGACGUGGCUGCCAUGAGCGUGAGUAUCAAAGAGGGCCAUUUCCCCCUUCCCCGCCUUGGGACACCAAGGCUCGGUGUUUCUCUCCCCUGGCCGUGGAGCCGAGGACCCCCAGAGCAAGAGACGGUGCACGUCUUCAUCCCCGCGCAGGCAGUCGGCGCGAUCAUCGGCAAGAAAGGACAGCACAUUAAACAGCUCUCCAGAUUUGCGAGCGCCUCCAUCAAGAUCGCACCACCCGAGACGCCGGAUUCCAAAGUGCGCAUGGUUAUAAUCACUGGCCCGCCAGAAGCUCAGUUCAAGGCACAAGGACGAAUUUACGGCAAACUCAAGGAGGAAAACUUUUUUGGGCCUAAAGAAGAAGUGAAGCUGGAGACGCACAUUAGAGUCCCUGCCUCGGCCGCAGGGAGAGUUAUCGGCAAAGGAGGCAAAACUGUCAACGAACUGCAGAACUUGACGGCAGCAGAGGUGGUGGUGCCGCGGGACCAGACUCCUGAUGAGAAUGAGCAAGUCAUCGUAAAAAUCAUUGGACACUUCUAUGCCAGCCAGAUGGCGCAGCGCAAGAUACGCGAUAUCCUGGCCCAAGUGAAACAGCAGCAUCAGAAGGGACAGAGCGGUCAGACGCAAGCACGGAGGAAAUAAGAGCAGCUAGCACGCGACGACUGUGACAAAAAUUGGAAAGUGAAUGAGUCGAUGCCAGGCUUAAGAGUGGCUGGGAAUCAGUUACCGUAGACAGAUGAUAACUUUUCAUGACCAGACUGAGAUUAAAAGGCAGUUUGAUUGGCUUCUAAGGUAGAUGCCUACAUUUUAAAAAAAAAAGAAAAAGAAAAAAAAAAAGAUCAAUUAGCUAAACAAUCUAUAUGCCGCAAAGGCUGCUUAAAUGAAGCAACAUGUGCUGCGGUGUGUGUCACCCCCAACAUCCUCUUGCUGCUGUGAUUGGCCAGCGCCCAGCAAUGGAGGUUCCAUCAUCCCUUGCUGCAGCGCUGCAGUGAAUCUAGGGCGUAGCAAUUAAAAUUUGAAAUAGUCCGUCCCCUCCCACCACCUCCCGCACUGCAGCAGAUGCAACAUAGAUGCUCAUUUAAGUUGACUUUUGUGGGCCAGUCCACCCCAAACUUGUGGUACCCUCAUACCCUUCGUAGAAGAGUUCCAGGGUGCGGCUUUCUGGCCAUCACGUUACACAUAGAAAUGAGACUGAUUUAAAAACAAAAGAACAAAAAAAUCCUUAGCGCAAAGUAACUUUUCUUAGUGCUGAUUUUAGAAAUUCCGAAAGAUAGGAUGGUUCCUACUCCCAUUCGCAGUAAAAUCUAGCGUGGGUGAAGGUUUUAGAACAAAAUGAACUCAGAUAACACCGGAAUCCUGCACUGAUCAGUCUUAGAACAUCCGAGAACACGAUGGAGGAAAGAGAACUCUCUUCCAUUGUGUACCAAACUCAGUGCAAUGACUUUGCAAAGCCUUAUAAGACAGGAGAGCAGCUAUAUUUUCCAGGAUGACUUUUUUUUUUUUAAUUUUAUUUUUUAAACUAAGCCUAUGAAAUGAUUGCAGAAUUGGGGAGAAAUGCCAAAGCUAACCCUAGCACAGGCAAACCUAAACAGUAACCUUUCUGGGUGAUCAGCACUGGAAAGAACCAGGCAUGACGCCCCAUCCUACCAAGUGACACUAUUCACAAGAAUGAAAUCACCCGAGGAAAAAAGUUCUGGUCCCUCCCUCUUUUAAACAAUGACACCCCCCACCCCAAAAAAUUGCUUUGUAGGAAAAGGGAUUAAACCUUCCUCUAUUUAAUAAUCAUCUUAUUUUAAAAAAAAACACUAAGGCCAGGAUUUUUAACCAACCCUGAGAGUGUCAGGUGUCCAACCAAAGGCAGGGCUUCACACCUCAAGAGAGGCCAAAACCUGGAAGCUCCUACAGAAAUGAAUUGACAGGCUCACGCCUGGGAGGCAGUGCUUUCUAGUGGAUAGAUCACUGCACUAAGACAGGACACUUGUAUUCUAUUCCAGCAGUUCUCAGCCAGGGGACUGGGGCCCUCUCUGGGGCAGCGAGCAGGUUUCAGGGAGUCCGCCCAGCAGGGCCAGUGUUAGACUUGCUGGUGCCAAGGGCAGAAAGCCCAAGUCCUACCACGUGAGGCAGAAGCCUGGGGCCCUGAGCCCCACCACUCAGGGCUGAAGCCGAAGCCUGAGCAACUUAGCUUCAUGGGGCCCCUUGUGGCGUGAGGCCCCGGGCAAUUGCCCUGCUUGCUACCCCCUAACUCUAGCCCUGGAUCUCAUAUGCAGAAAAACAUUUGUUGUGGUAUAGGUGGGCCGUGGAGUUUUUAUAGCAUGUUGAGGAGGCUUCAGAAAGAAAAAGGGUGAGAGCUCCUGUUCUAUUCCCCCCUCUGCGAGUAGCCUGGUGGGUGACCUUGGGGAAGUGUUUGUGCCUCAGUUUCUCCAUCUACAAAUGCUUUGACAUUGCAAAUACUUUGACAUUUACUGAUGAUAAAAUCUAGGUAUUAUUAUAAUCAUCAUCAGGCACCUGCUCACCUCACUGCAGACAGGAGGCAUCCAAUGGGAUUUGAGCACCCAAUUCCCACUGGCCUCUGAUAAUUGCAGCCUAAACAGAAAAGGAUAGAAUCUUUGAAAACACCCAGGAAAGGUUUAUAAGCUAACUAGGAACAAGGAUCCCAAUUCAAAUACACUCUCCUGGGGUUAUUUGUCUUUUACUUUUCCCUUUAGUCUCUCUAGGUGGUGGGGGAAUUCCUGAAAUUUGGCACAUUUAAAAAAAAAUGUAAACCUUCAAGCAAAACUUUUCUGCAGUAAAAAAAUACCUUCUUUUCAUGAGACAAAACCAAAUAUAUACGUCAAAAGAAUGUAAUAUGGUUACUGAAUCCAGUCACUCUUAUGUGGAUUUUUAUAUUUUAAAUAUAUUUUAAUGAUUUUUAUAUGAGUAUUUGGAAGGGACAGUAACUGCUGUGAUGGCAUCUUAGAGGCAAGGCAAGGUCUCGUCUUCCCUAGGCAUGGCUUAUGAGCUGAAAGCAGCCCCUGAAGUGCUGCUUUACCCUUCACCCACACAGCACUGAACAAGCUGGGGAUAGGCAGCCUUCAGGCCCAAGCCUGCACCACUGAGGUCAGGCGGAAGUGACUUCAAUACAAGCAGGAGGAUUUAUAGGGGUCAGCUCCUGCUCUCCAUGACUCCAGGGUAAAUCUAGAGAGACUCCAUUGAAGUCUGUUGUUUAACACAAGAUUUACAAUGCUGCGCUCCAUAACACCGGUGUAAAAGCAGAGUUAAAUCCACGGGAGUCAGCGGGGCUGGUAUUCCGUUGCCUUCGGCCCUUAUGCAAUCGCGGCCGCUCUGAUCUGUUAGCGUUUUACACUGAUUCUGCUCUCAUGAAGUGCAGGACAGAGGAGAAUUGGGAGAAGCAGAGUAUAACUGAGAACAACUCUGCCUGUGUAGCCAGAGGAUGGGGGGGCUAUUGGAAUUUGAUGAUCUAUCUAGGCUCUGAGAAGCGAGCCGGGAACCACCCUUGCAUUGAUUUGUUUUUGUAGGGGAGACCAGACCUUUUGUUCUGCUGGUGCAUUCCUUUGUAAAUCUUGCUUAGGUUAUAGCUACACUGCAAUCAGAGAUGUGAUUGCAGCUUGGUUUGGCGUGCCCACGCUAGCUUCAAGCUAGCUGGCACCACUAAAAAUAGCAGUGAAGAUUCAGUGGCACAGGAUAGCAAUGCAAGUACGUACCGAGGGAGACCACACUGAGGUGUACGGCCCCCUAUCUUCAUUGCUAUUUUUCACCAUGCUAGCUAGCUAGAUGCUAGCCCAGGUCUGGCUACAUAAGCUGCUAUCGCAUAGUGUAGACAUAGCCUGAGUUAUGACCGUCUUUGAAUUUGGAUUACGCAGCUGCAGGAAUGCUUGCUAGUUUUGAUAAAGGGAACAUACAAGCAGUUACUGUCCUUUAAACAUUGCAACAACAAGAAGAUGUGGGGAAAGUCAGGUAUUGCUGUGUGUGUUUAGCAACAAGGAAAAAAAAGAGUAAGAAAAGAGAAAAAAAAAAAAGCUACCUCAAGGUAUAAAGUUACCUCAGCCAUUGUUUUUUGUUUUGUUUUUGGGGCUUGCUGAUAUUUUAUAUAAAAGCUGAUAGUCUUGAAUAUUUUAUUUUUUUAAUGAAAAGAGAAGUUACGUUUCAUAAUUUCUUAUGAGCCAGGAGUUAUGUGCAGGUAACCAAGUGUUAUGAGCUCUCUAUUGAGAACGACAGAAAUUUCAGACAUAGUGGAAAAGAUGGCAGCCGCUGAUUUUUGGCCUUUUAAAGCAGGGUGGUUAAUUUCACUGUGAUGCAAGAGUGAUUGGCUGUAGAAAUUCAUCUAUGAUUUUGAUGGUUAGAACCCACCACCUUUUUGAUUGGAAUUUUUUUUUUUUUGACUAGCCAUUGGAAUAAAGUCUACGCUUAACCCAACGCCAUCAAGUACCCAAACUGUUAAAGAGCCUUAGAUUAGAAACAUUUCAUGAAAGGGCAAGAGAGUAGAAUGGAUUUUGCUAUCAAGCAAUAAUUCCUAGCCAUUGAAAUCAGCAAUGAAAUUUGGCAUGUGGAGGGGCUGACUGGUAUGUUUCACAAAUUUGGCCCGCUGUGGUAAUUCCAAGUAGUCUAAAUACUUCACUAUCCAACCCAAAUGGAUCGGCCUCCUGUAUCUAAAUAGUCAGCAUCAGACCAUCUUCUCCACUAUGAUGCUUUAAGUAUUUUACAGAGAUUGCCUCAGUUUUACCGAGGAUAAACAAAUAAUUAAAAAGAGAGAGAGAGAGAAAUGGGAGCCAAAAUUUUAUACAUGCAGACAACAAGGAAAAAAAAUAGAGAGAGAGAGAGAGAGAUGUGAACCCAGCUAUCGCUAUUAGAAAGGUUCACAUUUUUAAUCACAUCUUGCUACUUUUUUAUUGUACCUGCAGAAAUUAACCCUUUUUUUAGAAUGUCAUGUUAAAAGAUCCGUGGUGGUAAAAUCCAUUCUAAAGAGGCUGAACCUGCGUCCCGUGCCCCCAAAACUCAGUGGGAAUUCUGGGUGCAUGGAGAACGCUGGAUCAAAGCCCCUAAAUGUAUGCAGCUUUAAAGAAGUAAUGACCCUUUUUCUGUAGAGACAGGGAAUGUCAAACAAACAAAGCAAGAGUUAAAAAUCCCGCUUGAGUGGGUGACACAUUCCAAAGCCCAAGUGAGGAGAAAGCAGGAUGCUAAUUCUGCUUUUUACCACUGGAAGAUUUGGGUAGUCAAGGCCUUCAUUUCUGACUCCUUGCACCUGUCUCCUCUGAAGACAGAAAGUUACAAGACAGGAAAGAUGUGGAAUAGAUUUCAAGUUGAUGCAGUUGACAAACGCAGGUAAAAGAAAAAAAAUCAAAUCAUCUUGUCCUACGAAAAAUGGUUUCCUACUUCUUUAAAUCUCUGGCUCUACCUUUUACAGACUUUCACAGAACAGUUUAUUCAGACAUCGGUGAAUAGUAUUUUCCAACAGCAAGCAUUUUUGAUAACUGGUUCAAACUGUAUCAUCAAGAGUAAAAAACAAACAAACCCACAGUACUGUAAAUCUGAUUGUUGCAGUGUUCUAUUGAGGGGGUCCUGCCACUUACCCAGAGUUUGAUUAUUCAGUGGGAACCUCUGGUGUUUUCCAUAAUACAGGCCUAACCCCGUAAAAUGUUUAGAAGCAUUGCACCAUUUUAAUACUUUUUCUAUAUGUUCAAGGGGGCAUCUUUGUCACUCCUCGUAUCUUUUAAGAUCAGUUGUGAUUACUCUGCUGAGAUCAAUGCUUUAGAAAUAAGUUUCCAUUAAGGAAGAAAGCAUUGCCUAAUAGUUUCUGGACAGGCUAAGGAGCUAGGAUCUCCUGAGUUUGAAUUCUGUUUCUACACCGUGGACUUAUGCAAAUCACUUAUCUCCUCCCUGAGGCCCUGAUUCAGGAAAGCACUUACACAGGCUUAAGUCCUGUUGACUCUGAUGGGUCUUAGGCACCUGUUUAAGGAGUCAGAGAGAGCUAAGUCUCCCAGUGCAGAACUCUGCAUAGCCGAGUUGCUUUGAGUAUCAGCGAAGUUAUUCCUAGUAAGCAACAGGCCUGUCCUGUGCAGUUUCUUGUACUAUGCACCUACUGUAUUUCUCUGGCACCAGCCUAGACUACAGUGUUAUGCAAGGAGCCCUUUGGACCAGCUGCAAAGCCCAGUGAAGUCAAUGGAAGGAGACUUGACUGAGCUUUGACCCAGGCCUAAAUGAAUAACAAGGAAAAGGGAUCUGAUGAUGCAAUACAUUUCUAGUCAACCAAGAAUUAAAAAGAAACAAGAGCAAUCCCUCAACAGGCCUGUUAAAGUUCAACAGGCACCAGAAGCCCUGGAGGCAAACCCUUGUUAAGUGGCAGGAUCUUUAGGUUUGAAAUCAGAAAGGAAGUAUUACCAGGAGCAUCAUCCUCUGUAGAGCCAGGGCUGGCUUUGGACAGGGUGAGGAGCAGAGAAAUAUCUCAUCUCUUCUGAGCUGGCGCUUCAUUUUUAUGAUAGCAGAAGAAGCAGAGUUUCUCAAGCAUGCACAUUUCCUCGACUAAGAGUGAAUUUGGUUGGUUUGGUUUCUGUAGAUCCUUUUCAAAGGGUUUGAAAAUGUUCCCUAGGUUUUAAACUUGAGGGGAAUAAAAAGUGGGACAGAAUCUGGGUUCAUUCUGGAGGACGGGGGAGGCUCCAAUGCAUUAGGUAGCUCCAAGGUGUAGAAUUUAAAUGAGGAAGCAGUGCAGUCUAGUGGUUAGAAGACAGGGUUCUGUGCCCAGCAUGGUCACUGACUUGCUUUGUGGCCUAGGGGCAAGAAAAAAAAAAAUCCACUUCUCUGUGCCUCAGUUUUACCCACCUGUGGAAUGGGUAUAAUGAUACCUACCUCACAGGGCUGUUGUGAGGAUUAACAAAUUAAUCUUUUUCAAGCACUUUGCAAUCCUCAGUGCCAUAUAGAGUGCAAAGUAUUAUUAUUAGGAGUAACUAAAACAACGCUAUAGUUUUGGAUUCACCUAGCUAGUGCUAUCAUAAUCUUGUCAUGCCAUUCAGCAAGGGGCAAAAAUGACUAAACCAACCUGCGCAGUAUUUUUCUCUUCUGAGCUCUGAACACUUUCUCGGCAAUUAAAAACACAUAGCUAUGGUUCAGCAGCUAUGGCAGACGAUGUGCUCCUUUGCUGGCAGUGAUAAUUGCAACCUAACCAAAUUGACAUACUUGGAAGGUUUUUAAGGAGUUAAAAUAAACUAAAGUUCAGUGUAAAUAUUAAAAAGAAACUGCCUUUAAGCUACAUUUUAUGUUUCCUGGGCAUUAGAUUUUGGUUUUGGUUUGGUUUUUUAGCAAGAAAAAGACAGUAAACAUUAAUAAUAUAGUACCAGAAAAAAAAUUUUUUUUUUUUUUUAAACGUUUAGCUCCAAAUAUUUUGAUUAUUUUUAGAUUCUGGGGGAAAAAAAAUAUCAGAAACGCAG